AUGGCUACCACAGCACGGCAUCUAUGUCGUUCAUUGUUCCAAGUUAGUCGACAGAUCCCGGUGAAACGGAAAUGUCAAGCAGCGCAGCAGCAGCUCUUUUCACGGCGGCAUCGAGCUACGGGCACGAGCCUCCAAUUUCGUCAACUCUCAACAACGUUGCCGCGUCGAGUAGAUAGUAACCGAAGGACCUCUGCCUUUGACCAAGACGGAGAAGAAGACGAUGAGGAGGAUUUGGAUCUCAGCCGACCACCUGAAGGUGGCUACAAAACCCCCUCUACACCGAUCACUGUCGCCGACCUGGACCCUGACGAAAUCGCCGAUUUCCAAAUGCUCUCGCCCAAGGACCAAGAGUCCUACCUUGCGCUGCAGAAUCACUACGCCGCCGAAUUUGAAGAAGCUGGUAUCGACUUCAACGCCGACCCCAACGCCCAGGACCCGUUUAUGGAGAAGCUCGUCGACAAUGUAGAUCGAGAAAUUGGCAAGGAAGUCGAGCCCUUGGACUUCCCCGACGUCCCGUUGAAGAGUAAUGAAGUGGGCUACUGGGCAUUGGAUGAAGAGGACGAUGAAUUCACGCAGGUCGAAGACGGCGACGAGGAGUGGGAUGAGAGUGCCAUUUCGAGUGUUGCGCACAAUGAGUUGGACCUGCACAGAGAGGUCAGGCAGUAUACGCGGGUUAUUGCAUGGGAUAUGCCCUUGUUACAACAGUUCGCAAAGCCAUUUGCACCGCCUACGGAAGCCACACCCCUCCGCUUCCGCUAUACGACGUAUAUGGGUGAAUAUCACCCGGCAGCCCGCAAAGUGGUUGUGCAAUUCUGCACCAAAGACCUCCCGAACCUGACCGAAAAGCAACGUCAAAAACUCCUCAAGCUGGUCGGCCCCCGCUACAACCCAGACACAGAUGUGGUGAAGAUGUCCUGCGAAACUUUCGAGGCGCCCGCGCAAAACAAGCGAUAUUUGGGAGACCAGGUGAAGAAAUUGCUAGACGAGGCGCGCAACGGGAAGGAUACCUUUGAGGACAUACCGCUGGACUUGAGGCACCACAAACCGCAAAAGAAAGUCGAGUUCCCCGAGAACUGGAAGUUGAAGCCCUCGAGGGUUAGGGAGUUGUUGAUCGCGAGACAGGAGCAGAAGUUGCUGGGCGAGGGCCAAACGGCACAGCAAGGGCCGGCGCUCGACGGCAAGGAAUUGGUGCAUGAAUAUGUUCGAGCGCUUGGGAGGCCAGCGCCUUUGAGACCGCAGGGGUCUCUGUAA